AUGCUGCAGGGGGCGCAGUUGCUAAGCGAAGGGAGGCGCCUCUCUUGCUCUGAAGUCUUGCUUGUCAUCGACGCACCAGGAAGAGGUUCCUGUAGUUCCGGUUGCGGUGGAGGUGGCUCUCGGCGGCCGCUUUCUGGGGAGGGUUUUUCCAAACCGGCGAGGAAGGGGACGGGAGCCUUUCCCCUCUUCCUCCCCUAUGGCGGGCGGUACGAGCCCGGCGCCCUCCUCUCACCGCCGCCCCGCGCUCCGGGCAGCCUGAGCUUGGGCGACGAAGGCCCCGCCUGCCUGGACGUCAGCGACUUCGGAUGUCAUCUCUCCUCCUGCCACCGCACCGACCCGCUGCGCCGCCUUCACGCCCACAGGUGGAACUUGACUUCUUGUGGAACAAGUGUAGCCAGCUCAGAGUGCAGCGAGGAACUGUUUUCUUCUGUGUCUGUUGGUGACCAGGAUGACUGUUACUCUCUACUGGAUGACCAAGAGUUGACAUCAUUUGAUUUGUUCCCCGAGGGUAGUGUCUGCAGUGAUGUUUCUUCCUCUAUUAGCACGUAUUGGGACUGGUCAGACAGUGAAUUUGAAUGGCAGUUGCCUGGCAGUGACGUUGCAAGUGGAAGUGAUGUGCUCUCUGACAUCAUACCUAGUAUCCCAAGUUCUCCUUGCCUUCUUCCAAAAAAGAAAAACAAGCACAGGAAUCUUGAUGAGCUGCCGUGGAGUGCAAUGACUAAUGAUGAACAGGUUGAAUAUAUUGAAUAUCUGAGUCGCAAAGUCAGCACUGAGAUGGGCCUUCGAGAACAACUAGAUAUUAUUAAAAUUAUUGAUCCCACUGCUCAGAUUUCACCUACAGAUAAUGAGUUCAUUAUAGAAUUAAAUUGCCUCACCGAUGAAAAGCUGAAACAGGUCAGAAACUAUAUCAAAGAGCAUGGUCCUCGGCAGCGGUCUGCAAGAGAGAACUGGAAGCGAAGUGGCUACAGCUGUGGGAGUGCCAGUGGUGUGAGCGGUGCCAGCGCGAGCAGCAGCAGUGCCAGCAUGGUCAGCUCAGCAAGCAGUAGUGGUUCCAGUGUCGGCAACUCUGGUUCGAACUCCAGUGCGAACAUGAGUCGGGCGCACAGUGAUAGCAACUUAUCUACAAGUGCUGCGGAGCGAAUCCGGGACUCUAAAAAACGUUCUAAACAACGCAAGCUGCAGCAAAAGGCUUUGCGGAAGAGGCAACUGAAAGAGCAGAGGCAGGCUCGGAAGGAGAGGCUGAGUGGCUUGUUUCUUAAUGAAGAGGUUCUUUCUUUAAAAGUGACGGAGGAGGACCAUGAAGGAGAUGUAGAUGUCUUGAUGUGACAGAGACGAACUUGUCAGUGUUCUUUCUAAGCCUUAAGCAUAUCUCAUUGUUUACAUACAUACACUUCUACCAAAACUGGUUAGAUGUGCGGCUCCCUAUCCUCUGUUGUAUAGCGAUCCAUAUAUUUUAGAAAUAUUAAAUUUGCAGGUGAUAAGAAGUCCAGAAGAUAUCCUUAAAAAAAAAAAAGUAGGGUAACAUUUAAUUUGCCUUUGCAUGCCAUUGAAAAAGGUUACAUUUCCUCCUAAAUUCUACUACAAGUGACAGAGUGGUAGAAGUCUUUUUCAUCAGCAACAAUCUAUUCUCAACGAUUUGAUACUUUGUGUAAAAAUAGCUUCUAGAAUUGUUCUCCUUGUCUCACCGCUGCAGUUAUAUCAAAUCAUAAUUCUACAGGAAGUUAUUUAGAUUUCCCAAAACUGUUACUGUGAUUUCAUUCUGUUCAGGGCUACCCUGUUUGUGUGGCCAGCCCUACGAACUAAUGCAACCCAGGCGAGGGCUGUUAUCAAGUGGCUUGCAAACUCAGUGUGUGGAUAGCAAGGUUGCUUUCAGCAUGAUGGGUGGCAAGUGAUGCAGGCUUGUCAUUUAGACAUGGUUUAAGUGGGAUGCUGGCUGAGGCAGAAACUCUCACAGCAUCUUGUUUAAAUUGGGCUGCUAUUUGUGCAAAGAAACUGCAGUGCGCGUGACUAUUUUGCAGUGCAGUUUAUAGGAGACAUUGUGUAUGCGUGAGUGCCAGUCCCAUGUGUGAAUGGUUUUUUCCCAUGUCCAGUGUCAGGUUUAAAUCAAGCUGCAUAAAGCAACAGGACAGUCUGCAAAAAGGUAAUUCUUCCCCCAGCCGCCUAUAUACGCAUUUUUCUUUAGAUGUUCCAAAUCCAUAGCAUCAUGUGCCUUAAAAGUAGAGACCUCUUGUUUAAAGUAUUAGGGAUAUAGGGAGAAAAUUGCAAAGUCGAAAUAAAAGUUUCAUGUUUUGCCGUACUUCCAUUGAUGUUCACCCUCUGAGCCCAUCAAGCUUUUAAGGUUAAAUGUUAGCCAGUGUCAUCCUGUUAAAUCUGAAUUUCACAGUGAAAAGUGAGAGUUUCAUCUUGACCCUGUGUCUGAGUGCUUUUUAAA